AUGGCCUCCCGUGCGAGCUCGUCGUCGGAAGGCGAAGUCAUCGAACACCAGCAGAAGGCAAACAGCAUCAGCCAGUCCAGCGAACGUACGAUUAACGGCUCUAGCAGGGCAUUUGGAGGAGACGGAGCUUCGGAUGACCACGGCCGAAGCUACGACCCUCGAUCGCACAACAAACGCAAGGCCUCGCCGUCACGCGGAGGACGUCCAGACAAGCGUCACCACACUGAUCGUAAUAGACCCAACGACCAUAGGCCCGAUUCACGCUACAAUGACCCUCGAACCGCACUACACCAGGGUGGUCCUUACAAUGACCGGAAGCCUUCAAAGCCCCUCUCUUACGCCGAUACUGACCAUCCGCCUACCGUUCCCGAUUUUCGCGAGCACUUGCGCCCGUUGGAGAAGCCACGGUCGAACGGCAGUAGUCACACCAAGCGCGACCAGGGUCCUUUACGUGAAGAGAGCAGAAAUGGACAGGUCUCCAGCAAGAGUUUUGGAAACUCGAAUAAGUCGCAAGCUGCUUCUGCGCCUCAGGCCGGCGCAGAUGGUGAUGUUCAAAUGUCAGUCAUUGCGCCCUCAAGUGGACAUUAUUCGCUAAUCGGCCCACGCAGGACGCAAGCAGCGGAAGGACCUGACAUGUCCUUUGAGCCGGCUGUACAGGAGCAAGCGUUAGCGCAAGAGACUCGCGAGGAGAAGCGCCGCAGGUGGGCCGCCAUACGAGCAGCUGCCGAGAAGGAUAAGGCAAAGGACAACCUACUUCAUCAAGCGCUUCUUGCUAAUGCUUCCGAAAGUACGACUCCCAAUGUUGCAUCACCUAUAGCGUCAAUCGGGAGCCCAGUAUCACCUGUAGGAUCUCCUCCACUUGGCGAUCUAAAUUCUGUUCCUCCGUCACCUGAUGUCAUGAUCAUCGACAAACAAGGAGCUACCGGCGAGAGGAACAGCCCAUCAGCAGAGAGCCCGUCCGCCGCAGAUUACGAUCCGAUCAAGGACAUGCUCGAUGAUCGCGAUCGUGCAGCCCGAAAGGCCCGCCAAACAGAACUUCCCUCGGACGCUUACAGCGAGACUGACCCGAAAGUUCUCUCCACCUUGCCCGCUGAGAAAGUAGGCCCCAUCAAGAAGCAAAAGAAGGACUUCGACAUGUUCGAUUUCGAUGAAGACGAAGAUGGAGCUGAGGCUGAAGCGGAUGUUGUGGAAGAGGCGGCGAACACUGCAAAGGGCACUGUUUUGGACGAGAAGCUCCUCGACAACUGGGACGAUGCCGAAGGCUAUUACAAAUUGAUUGCGAACGAACUCGUGAACGGAGGUCGCUACCGAAUGAUCAAAAACCUUGGUCGAGGUGUUUUUGCCAACGUUGCGCAAGCCGAAGACAUCUCAAUACAAGAUGACAACAGCAACCACAAACUAGUCGCAAUCAAGAUGAUUCGUAGAAACGACCUCAUGAGAAAGGCGAGCCAGAAAGAGAUGGAUUUCGUUCGCAAGGUGAAUGAUGCAGAUCCGCAAGACAAGCGGCAUGUCAUUCGGUUGCUGAGCUCUUUCGACCACAAAGGCCAUCUGUGCGCUGUGUUUGAGCAUAUGUCGAAGAACUUGCGAGAUCUCCUCAAAGAGAAUACUAAUGGUCACGGACUCUCAUUGCAGGCUGUUCGGUCGUAUUCGCGCCAGAUGUUCAUCGGUCUCCAGCAUCUUCAGAAUUGUCAGGUCGUCCAUUGCGAUUUGAAGCCUGACAAUAUCCUGGUCUCACCGGAUAUGAAGACGAUCAAGCUCUGUGAUUUUGGCACAGCAGUUGACAAGAGGGAUGUCAUGGAACGUACAGAGUAUCUUGUUAGUCGCUUUUACCGUGCUCCAGAGAUCAUUCUCGGGUUAGACAUUGGGUACGGUAUUGAUAUGUGGGCCAUUGGUUGCACGAUCUACGAACUAUGGACAGGCAAGAUCUUGUUCACGGGUCGCACAAAUAAUCAGAUGAUCAAGGCUUUCAUGGACUGUCUCGGUUGGCCAACGGAAAAGCUCCUCAAGAAGGGGCUGUUGCAGAACGUUCUGGAACACUUCGAGGCUGGUCCACCGCUCAAGUUCAUCAGCCAGGAAGUGGAUCAGCAAGGCAAGGUAUGUGAAGAUCCUCAAGUUGUGAAACACAUUGCUAAUUUAGACCAGGUCACUGUACGCAAGAUAGAGCAGCAGAAGAAAAUUCCUCGCGACUUGAAGAGCCGUAUCAACGAUGCUACACGCGGCAUGUCUCAAGACAACUUACCACCUGAGAGAGAGUUGAACGACUUUGUCGAUCUGCUGGGCGCAUGUUUGAACUUCAAUCCGGAGAAGCGUAUGCAGCCCAAGGAAGCGCUUCAGCACAAAUUCUUCCCUCAGCCGAAGCUGGCCCCGAGAACGGCAGUUGUCAAACCUCCAAUGGUCAAGCGACCUAUGAGCGCUUUCCGACGUUGA